AUGGCCGCCGAAGUCCAGUCGGUCGCCGACCGAUUGAUCACCGGCGAUCGCACGCAUCCGCCAGACUACGAUUUCUCGUUUACUCCUUUCCUGCGAAGAAACUUUGGAUUCGGGCUUGCCACCGACAUCCCCGUCUGCAAGGCGUUCAAAGAAGGCCACUGUCCCCUGGGCCCAACAUGCCCCGACAGACACCCGACACCCUCGCGCGUGACGACCUCAACGACCAACGCGUCCGGCCUCGCGCCCUCGGUGACACACGGCUCGUUGGUCUGUAAGCAUUUCCUCAAGGGCCUGUGCAAAAAGGGCUUCAAAUGCGAGUACCUCCACGAAUACAACCUGCGGCGCAUGCCCGAGUGCCAGUCCUUUUCUCGCUCGGGAUACUGCCCCAACGGCGAAGACUGUCUCUACCACCAUGUCCGCGAGACGGCCCGACUGCCGCGAUGCGAACACUACGAUCGCGGCUUCUGCCCGCUGGGGCCCAUCUGCGCCAAGCGCCAUGUUCGACAGCGACUGUGCCCGUACUAUGUAGUCGGGUUUUGUCCAGACGGCAGGGCGUGUGAGCACGGCGCGCACCCGCGCUGGUCGGAUAAUCUGCCUCGGCCGCAGAUUCGCGUUGAGAAGACGGAAGAGGAUCUCGAGCGGGAACGGCUUCUGAUUCGCGAGGAGCAAGAAAAGGAGGAAGAACGGCAGCGAGAGUGGCGGAAUGAGCGAGGUCGAGGAGGCUUCAUGCGGUAUAGAGGCAGGGGUCGCGGCCGAGGAAUGUGA